AUUUGGACAUGUGUUUUUGUUGUCAUUCAGAGAAAGCUGGAACUCUAACCAAGCAAUCUGGCUCAAAAUGUGUUUAAAAUUUCAGGUUUUGACGUUGUAAACCAGAGUACCAGUCAUUAGUGGUUAAAGGGAUAUUUUAUUCAUAGUCGUAUGGGUGCAGGUUUCAAUUUUGAAAUAAGAGGCGUUUAAUCUGAUCAAAGGAGAUCAUGGUGAAGCUGGGGUUGCAGAUCUCGGCUCGGUUGGAGAAUGUGGAGAAGUUGGAAGUAUGUGGUGAAGACUUUCGGUACUUUGUCAAGACGCUGUGCUCUAAUUGUGGGGAGGGAAGUGGAGACCGCUGGCAGUACGUCGCCGUCAACGAAGUGAUGGAGGGACGAUCAGGCAGUCGGAAUGCCGAGUGUCACAUGAAGGUCAAAUGCAAGGGGUGUCAGCGAGAAGUGUCCCUUUUCAUCCUCGAGGACUCGACGAAACCCUACAUCCACGACGAAGACAAACCAGAGGCUUUCCAAACCAUCCUAAUUAUCGAGGGAAGAGGCAUGGAGGUCACGGAUUUUGACUUUAGGGGAGGUUGGAGUGUCAAGGCACUCAAUUCUACCACCAUCUUUGAAAAUGUGGACCUCACAGACAAAGAAUGGGCGGAUUAUGAUGAAAAGUCUGGCGACUCUGUGGCCAUUUACGAUUUGAAGUCAAAAAUUGUGAAAUUGAAGUGAGAACAUGGCUUGUAAAUACAAAUAUGUAUGUCAAAGAAAAAUAUCACGAUUGGAUUGGAUUGGAUUGGAUUGGAUUGGAUUAUCAUUUUUAAUUUUGCAUUACACUUACUCUUUCUUGUGAAAGAGUAAGUGUAAUGCAAAAUUAAAAAUGAUUUCCAAAAAUGGCAAUUUUUGAGAACCAUGUGCAUAUACUCUGAAGCAUCUUAAAAAGUAUCUUUUGAUCGUCAAUUAUUAAUGUGGGUAAAGACUCGCGUUGCAUAUCUGAAUUGUGAAUGCAAUUGAAGUCAACUCACUAAUCCUAAGUGCGUUGAGUUCUGGAUGCAUGAGUUUUGCAAUGAAUUUAAUUUUGCAUGAAUAUUUUUGCGUAUUAUGCAACCUGUGUAUGUACAUGAUGAGGAGAAAUAAUAAUAAAUUGAAUCAUUAUUAAUGAUGCA